UCCCUCCCGCUUGCUUGCCUGCCUGUCUCAAAAUCACUUCCAUGUGCCAGCUGUUAUGCAUAUGAUGUAAACUUGCACUUGUUGGCAUUAACAGUGGUAUGUGUUUUGGAGUAAUAUCUUUUCGUCUAGAGUGCUAUAUUUAAUUAGAGGAAAGACCUUGAAUCUGUGAGGGUUUUAUCCUUGCCAAGACUCUUUGAAUGUGUCUCCAAACGUGCUUUCGUGACAUUGAAAAGCGGUGUAUAUAUAUAUAUAUAUCGGCAUUAUUUUUUUUCAGAAAUAUUUUAAGAUGAAGCGUGGUGGGUGUGGCGUAGCAAAGAACCAAAGAAAAGACUUUGUAGAUAUUUAUUAAGUGAAUAAAGAGAGAUAUUGGAAAAAAAAUAUAGUGAAUAUUAAAUAAGAAACUGAGAAUGUCCUGUUAUACACUGCCUGCUAAAGUAGUCGAAAGUUGGAAUAAAGAAGAAAAAUUGGCUUGUCCAGAUGACUUUCUCACGAGGCCUGAGUCUGAUUUUGGGUUUGCAAGAUUCUUACAAGAUGGAGUAAUGGCAGCCACACUCUGUGGGUCCCCUAUGUACAUGGCUCCUGAAGUCAUUAUGUCACUGCAGUACGAUGCCAAAGCUGACCUUUGGUCACUCGGAACAAUAGUAUUCCAAUGCCUGACCGGAAAGGCACCAUUUCAAGCCCAGACGCCACAGGCUUUAAAACAGUUUUAUGAAAAGAAUGCAAAUUUAGCUCCAAGAAUACCUUCUGGUACAUCACCAGAGUUAGUAGAUCUCCUGAUGGGAUUGCUGAAGAGAAAUGCUAAAGACAGGAUGGAGUUUGAAACCUUCUUCAAUCAUCCCUUCAUCCGCAUGGUAGAUUCUUCAGCACAGAAACCUUCCGUAGCAACUGGCUCUCCGUCUGUGCCUGUACGUUCGCCCUCACCUGCCCCCGCAACUACGCCCAAGCCCGUCAGUCGUGGAGGGGCAUAUGCCCAUCAUACACAACCUUCCCCCAGUCCUCCAGUUGGUUUCUGCAAAACAGGUAACCUUCCACCAUCUCCUGAGGAACUUCGUAUGAGUGUUGAUCAACGUAGUGCCGGCGACUUACCCACAGCCUCCCCAGCUAGUGCCACCACCACUCUUCCCAGACCUACCCCAGUACCCAGAACAAACAAUGCUCCAGCCCCAGAAGAGGCUGAGGACUUUGUGAUGGUGCCAGCUCAACUGCCAAGUGAGCCUGAACCUUCUAGAGGUGCACAAGGGUGGGGUGGUCGUGCAAUAAGCAAGGCAGCAGGAGGUAUUAUGUACCAGAAAAACCAACCCCAGUAUGGCCCUCUAACGCCCCAGGUGCCCACAUCACCCCGGCCCUCACACCUCCCAGUGCAAGGUGGAAGCAGUGGCAGCACACACUCAAGCAGCAGUAGUGAGUCGUGCCGUUCUGGAGAGCCUGUACCUGUGCCAUCUCAGAGAGCCACCUUCCACCAGAUGACCUCCUCAGGAUCUUCAGACCAAAUAUCUGCCACACUGCAACCUGAAUCUCCCAGACACCAUGGUAUUCCCACCAACAGACCAUCACCACCUCCUCGUUCGCAGCCCAUCAACAUGCGGAGGGUGUCUGAUCAUAGAGCCCCUGAUGUUGCUUCCUUGUCUCCACCAGCUGUCCAGUUCACAAUAGGCACACCUCCUAUGGGUGGGCGCCGGAGAUCCACAUCAGGAAGCUCCUACUCCACUACACCUCCAACCACUGCUGCUGCCACAGGUAACAACCAGGUGGUCCCAGGUGGGCGCCUCACUCCCACCAACUCUCCUUUGCGCCAGUCUGGACGACGUACACCUCCCCACUUGCCUCCCCAAAUGUUCUCAGCUCCCCCUGUGCUGCCCCCCAUCCUGGGCUCUCCCACAAAACUAGGGCUUGGUCAGGAUAACCCUGCUGGCGACAUCUGUGGCAACACCACCCUCACUGCCCCGCACCGUGCUAUUACACUUCCUGAAAUGACCUCUGUAUCACGUGACCCCUUUACUGGAGGGUCCCAAGAUAUGAGUGUAGAUGGCAGUGGACUCCAGCGAUCCCGCACAGAGUCGCACCUCCUGGAGUGGCAGGCACAGGCACCCAGUCCACCACAUCCUGGCAGACAGCUGGUUCAGUAUGGUCAGUCUGCACCAGCUUUUCUCUUGCAAGGGACAGCUCAGGCAGAGGGAGAUGACACUGUUGCCUUCUAUGCUCCACCUUUGCACCAGGAAACCCUUAUGGAGCGAGAGCACAAUGAGACGCUGGCUAAGCUGAACUUCGUUUUGGCCUUGGUUGAUUGUAUCCUUGAAUUGGCUCGCUCUCGAGCAGCACCUAUCACUGCCUUACGACAGAAUGCAGCUAUGAGAGAUUCUGUUUCAGGUUCACCAAAAGACACAGAAGGUUCAGCACUUGCAUCACCACCCCCAGAGUGGCAGCGGCGUGCAGAGCAGCUUGUGCUGUAUGUCCGGGCUUUGCAACUGCUCUCCUCAGCGCUCACACUUGCAAAACAUGAAAAGAGCACAAGUAGACUUCAGCCAUCUAAUGCCGUAAAGAAUGUUGUGGGUGUGCUGAGUGAACGUUUUCGCCAAGCCCUGGGUGUGUGCAAGGAGCUGAAUAGUGCUGGAACAAUUACUUCAGUAGAUCCAAGAACAUCUACUGUUACUGCUGAUAAACUUAUUUAUAAUUAUGCUAUUGAAAUGUGUCAAAGUGCUGCCUUGGACGAACUGUUUGGAAAGCCUGAGGAGUGUUUCCGCCGCUAUCAGACUGCACAAAUUCUCCUCCACGCCUUGGCUCAGCAAGUGGCUCACGAGUCUGACCGCUCACUACUGACACGCUACAAACAGGCCGUGGAAAGACGAUUAUUUCUCCUUCAUGAACAAGGUGUAGUUCAUGCGUACACCACAAAUGAAGCGUAGGCACAGGAGAAAGGUUAAGAGAAGUGGUGUGCGUAUGCCCUAAUUAAUUAUUAAGAAAUGGUUAAUUUCUUUUUUGAGUUUAGAACUGGGACUUUGUAUUUCAAUACAAAUGUUUGAAUUACCUUUUUUUUUUUUGUUUAAGAGGAAUUAACCCAUAAAGUUGAAGUUCAUAGCAUUUUCUAGAAAUGGAUUGGGGAAGUGGAACAGAGGUGAUCAGACAUUCAUUCAUUGUGAUCAUAGACCAUUAAAAGGCUUCAUACUUACCAUGCUCAAUCUUAUUGGUGAUGAAUAUUUGGAAGACACACUAAAAUCCAAUUGAAGCUCACUGUCAGGGUGAAGGAAUUUUAUUGUUGAUAUUUUCUUAUGAUUGGGUUACAGUUAUGACCAUCCUCCCUAACUGAUUAUCAUUAAAAAAUAAGAAUGCAAGCAUUAGAGGGUGGGCAUAAGGUUUAUCCUAUUACCCCCCCUCACACACACACACACACACACACACACACACACACCCCUCUCUAUCCUCCCCUCACACAAACCUCCCCUCCCUUCCUACACACAUGUACAUACAUAUGUUCCCACCUAUUCAUUCAUACCUUAAUAGUUUUUCAUUUGGAAUAUGAGAGCAUGCUCUGAUCUCCACUUUGGUAUAGUGUGCACAUAUAUAAACUGAAAUUUGUAUUUUAGUUUGUCUACAUUUCACUGUCUCAAUCACCGAGCAUAUCACAUGCCAAUGUUGGAGGCAAGUGUGGAAGAAAUCUUGAGAUUCGAACAGCAAUGUGACCCUAGAAGAAGACAAAAAAGUCAGAGCAUCCAGAAAUGUGAUCUUCCUUUGUGGUCUGUCAGAUUUUCAAAAUAGUAUUUUUUUCACCUUUUUUUUUUUUCUACUUCGCUUGGAAUGAAAAUGUUUGUAAAAGAAGGUAGUAAAUAGGGCAGUGCAACUAAUCAUGCCUCAUGUAAUUAGCAAUGUUCUAUGUGCUUUAUAUAUAUAUACACACAUAUAUACAUAUAUGAAUAUUACUCCUCAAGCAAGCUCUGGUUGGAGAUGUUAUACAUGUUUUUAUUAACAACCAAUUCCUCUGUGUUUGUAGCCUUGUUCUAAACAGCAGUUAUCGGCCUGAGAAGAUCAUGGUACAAAUUUUUUUCCCCAUAGCAACACAUUACUACCAAAAAAUUUGUGGACCUCCCUAGUGUUUGUUCAAGUAGCAUGCAGAACUGUUCGUCAAUCAUUUAUAAAUUGGGAACGUACUUCUUACAGCAUGGUCAAUUCAGUAUUUACAGUUGCUUGUUGAGAAUAAUGUUUUGUGGAGUAAUUGAUGUGUGGGAGAUUAUAGGGCACAUUAUAACUGGUUUUCAAGGGAACAGUCAUUCUGUAUGGAUGCCAUCUUCUGGUAAUGCUUCACUGUUACAGCAUACGUAGCACAGACAGUCAGUAGAUAUACUUUUUUUUUUUUUUUUUUUUUUUUUACAAAUAUUAAAAAGGAAUAAAAAAUAUGGCAACCAGAGGUUAUAUGUGGGCAGUGUUUUCCUCUUCAAACAUGUGAAAUAGUUGAGCAGAUAGUGUAGCCAUUCACUGUUCUGACAUUGGGAAGUGUUGUGUGAAUCAAGUGCUUGCAAAUAACUUUACAAUACUCCUGAUAUCGUGCUCAGUUUAGUCUGCCAUUUUGGGCCAGCCUUAUGGCCUGUGUUUGAGUGUUCCAUUUUCUCAUGGAAUUGGAAUUAUUACCAGAAGUUUGUAUUUUUUUUUCUCUUUCAUUUGAAUUUGGUGAUUGUAUAUAUUUUUUAUUUCAAUUAUGCUAUUGUUGGUAGAAGUAGCAUUGUAUACUUAUUGAUAUAUGCAAAGAAAGUGGCAGUAAAGGACUUGGCCUUUGCAGUACUUGGUUUGUACUGCUAGCAGAGGUGUAGUUGACUAUUUAUAUUUGUUACAAGCAAAAAAAUACAAAAUACAAAAUAAAAAUAAUUUCCAGUUUAGUAUAGAUCGAGAAUUUGAAAUGCUGUAGAGUAUAGUUAUGAUUUUCUUAUGUUUCAAGUAAAUUGAUUGGAAAGGGGAAAAAAAAAGAAACUAUUUUGUUUAGCUUAUCUCAAUACAGUGUUUUCCUCAUUGAGAAGGCAUGCAAGUAUCCUGACCUUGUCUAUACCCGGUUACUCUAAUUACUUAACAAACUUCACAAUGUUUUGCCUUUUUUCUUUUGUCUUUCAUAUCUUAUAACAAUUACUCAGGAAAAAAUAGCUUAAGAUUUGAUUGCCACAAAGUUUUUGUUCUGUGAGUGUGUGUGUGUGUGUUUUUUAAAUCAGUUUGUUUCUCCUUUUUGUAGGACUUGCUUGCAGAGCUUGUUUAAGUUUUAUUUUUAUCUUUUUGUUUACAUAUGAUAUGAUAUGAUGAUCUUGUAUAUGAGGGAUGUACUUAUUCAAAAAUGGAACACUAACUUCCCACCUCAACUCAACAGCCUAUGCAGUGAUAGUCAGUAAGAUCCUGCUCAGACUGUAGUUAUGUAUGACUGUGGAAAUUCGAGCCACGUAUAAUAAACUCCGGCUCAAAUUAGGUUUCAUGUUAUACAUUGGGUUUAACCAUAUUUUUUGUUUGGGUCAGGAAAAUGUUUAAGAAAAUGUAUCUCUGAUAUUGCAUGAUUCCAUUAUAUAACUAUCUACCACGUUUAUGGAGUUAUUAAGUAAGGGAAAGCGGUCUUUUACAGUGAUACAGUGACUUUUUUUUUUUUAUUUCAAAACUUCUGCAAAGCGAUGGAAAUCAUGCCCCUGUGGUUUUCUUUUUUUUUGUCUAGUCGUACAACACGAACCCCGUGGCAGAAUAAGCUCCAGUUCAAUUGGAAUCUUUGAGAAAUAAUAAUCCAGUAAACAUGCUGGUCAUAUUAAUAAGGCUUAAUAAAAUCUCAAAUGAUAAGUGGUAAAUUGGAUGCAGGACAUUGAGAAUAUAUGAAGAUAAAUGGAAAUGCCUGCAGCUAUAGCCAUAUACACGCAUAUGACAUACAUAACUCUUUCACACAUACAUUCAUGCUUACACCCUUACAUUAUGUAUAUGUGCAUUGAUUUGUUUAAAAGUGUGUAAAUUACACAGUCAGUAUUUUUUUUUUUUCUCUCUCUCUCUAAGGAUGUAAUCCACUUCUGGUAAGAAUAUUUUAAGUUUAUAAUUUGUUUAACACUUUCUAGUCGAUUAAUUUGCGUGUGGGCAUUUUGGGUGGGUAUGCAUAUUUGUCCUGGUGUCAUCAUCCACUUAUAGACACUAUAGUUCUGUCAGUCCAUAUCAUAAUUCAAGGGAUAUCUUGUAUAUCCUUCAAGAUCUCGCACUUAGUUCUUAGUCUGUUGUUGACCUUUAAAUAAGGAAUGUGAGGCAACUGUCAAGAGCCAAGAGUUGUCGUGAUAGUGCAUUUCUGAUAAACAAUGCAUAGUUAGGUUUCGAUAAUUUGUUUGGCAGUUCUGUUGGUUAUUUGAAGACUGAAGUUUUCUAACAUGGCUGAGUUACAUAUAUAUAUGUGUCAUUUCUCAUUGGAUGUUGAACUUCACAGUUCCUGUUAUCAUUCUAUCAUAAACAUACUUCUUCAUGUGACUGCAGUCUUGGACAAAUUCCCAUCUCACAAGACAGGCCAAUGCCACCAUGCUUAAUAGAUUUAUGAUUUAAGCAGUGACAUUGGCCAUUGCCUUGGCGCCUGCCAACCACAGCAUCUGUGAUCUGUUUGUUUUUACGUUAGUGAGAUUUUUUACAAGGUGACUCAUUGCAUUACUGUAAGAGCUGCAAGAGCGAAAUAUUGCAUAACACUGUGUAUAGGAGAUACGCAUUUCUCAUUACAAUGCUGCUAUGUAUGUGUUUAUUUCUGUGCUUUUUAUUUAAUUCUUGAAUACAUGAGGAUAAGUUGGAUAGUCAGUGUGAUGGCUGACUAAUCAGCUAGAGGAUGUGAGGAUGCAAGUGGUGCAUGGGUGAACUCUGCUGGGGCAGCUGAUAGUCCCCAGUUCUAGACAGUAGUUGUUUGUUAAUACAGAGUUUGACCCAGGCUCUGUAAUAGAGUGUUGGCACACUGCAGUAUUACAAGACCCUGAAAAGGAUAUUCUUACAAAUUCUGUAAGAUUUGAAAAGGAUUGGCUUAUUUGUGUUUGGUCAAACAUGAACUGAUAUGAAGUCAGCUGUUCCUGUUUUGCCAAUUGCAAAUUGUGCCUAUAAUUGUACAGAUUAUAGUCGAAAAAAAAAUCUUAUUUUAAAAAUUAUAAAAAAUAUCAAAACAUUAAAAAAACAUAGUAUGUUUUACUGCUGUAGUGGCAGGGCAUAAUGCAGGUCCUGUAAUACACUAGAUGCCUUUAUGUACAUGUGAAGCAGAUAAAACAGCAUUGUGUAGAGUAUGGUAUGUAAAGUGGGCAGUUUCUUUGUGGUAUGACCCUCUCUUUAGUUGCCUCCAGUCAUAUGCAAACGAACAAAUGUUAGCUUGUGACAAGAGUAGAUAGGGCUGUUUAUUGUUAGAGAGGUUAUACUUGUACAGAAAUGGCUCCACAACCUGUUUGUGUACAUAUAUGAUGAUGAUACAGGUAACAUUAUUUACUCUUGCAACUAGUACAAUGCCCUGCAAGGGCUGUCAUUUUAUAUUCUUACUAUAAACACAAUAGAGCAAAAGAAAAGUCAAAUAAAAAAGAAAGUCA